AUGACAGCAGUAGCUCACCGCUCAAGAAGUGACCUUCAGACUGUCGAGCUCAGCGAUGAAUUCCUAGAGACGGUUUACCUUCAUGGCCGAGUUUAUCAACGUUACGCCAUUGAGAAUGGUACUUACUUUGGGCCUGUUGACGAGGAUGAAGUGGAACGUCUCCAUAUAAUGCACCGAGUCUUCACGAUGCUCUUCGACGGGAGAUCAAUCUUUCCGCCGAUACGAAGACCAAAGCGCAUCCUUGACUGUGGCUUCGGGACAGGUUCAUGGGCGAUCGAGGUAGCGGAUCAACAUCCCAACUGCGAGGUGGUAGGAGUGGACAUCAACCCGAUGAUGAUCCCUGAGACGCUCCCUGGCAACUUGGAUCUCCAGGUUGACGACUUGAAUCGACCAUUCACUUUUGCUUCCAACUCGUUUGAUCUCAUCCACAGUCGGAUGGUUGCUGGUGGGAUCCACGCCGACAGAUGGGAAGGGUAUUUGGAAGAUAUUCAUCGAGUCCUGGCACCGGGCGGCUGGUGCCAGAUGGUUGAGAUGAGCUUCGUCUCGCAGUCUGACAAUGGAACCUUGACUGAAUACCAUGCACUCAGCCAAUGGUCAGAAAAAUACCGUCAGAGCCAGAGCCCUUACAAGGACCCAGACGUGGCAAGCCGGCUGGCGACGCUAAUGGCUGGCGCGGGACUGGUUGACGUAGAAGCCAGAGAUAUGUCGCUACCAAUGAGCGCCUGGUCCAAUAACGCCAGGGAGCGCAGCAUAGGAGCCGCCAAUCGAGACAAUGUGCACAAGCUUUUGGCGUCCCUGGUGACUUAUCCCUUCGCACAGGGUCUAGGCAUGUCACUCAAGGAUAUACACUUGCUUGUGGCACAGGCUCGAAACGAGGCCGAAAAUCCGGCUUACAAGGCUUAUUUUCGACUGAACGGGCUUUCUAGAUAUGUUUGUAUUGGCAGAAAGCCCCGGUGA